AUGUUUCUAUUCGACGUCGCAAACGCGUUGGUUGUUCGUCUCGUGCUCCUCGUGCAUGCGGUUCUUGUGAUUUGGCUCGCUGAAAGCGUCACCCACAAUAGCACCUACUGGCUGCUGACAAUAGCCAUCGUGGGGAUGGUCAUAGAGGCCGCCGUAACCAUUUGCAAAAACCGGGCGCAGGAAUGGAAGUGGUUCUGUCCGUGCUUCUUGUCCUACCUGUGCAGCACAAUCCCGGGCAUCUGGGUGCUUGAACUGAACCGGAUGGAGGCGCUCUCAGAUAAUACAGACUCCAAUAACGCCACAUCCAUCCGCGCACAGGCCCUCGACGACAUUCAAGGGAUUCACUUUCCAAUCGAGAUGGAGACCAACACAUGGGUGAUGAUCACGGAGCAGCUCUUCCUAUACCUUAUCAUCCUGGCUCGUUGGAUCCUGCCAAGGGGCGAGAUCUCGCGAGAUGAACUGUCGCAGCUGCUCUUCGUCUUCAUUGGGAUAGCCGGAGACAUCUCCGAGUUGUUCGCCCUGUUCGAAGAGAGAAAGGUCCUUGAAAGCCCUAACAUUAUGUACGCCAUACUGUGUAUCUGGACCUUCAGCUUAGUCCAGUUCACGUUUGUGUUGACGUCAACACACAAUCCCAUCAAGUCGUCUGCUGGACCAACAUUUACGGCUGGAAAUGAGGAACUAGUUCAGGAUGAGGCCCCAGGGCAGAGAAGCUUUUUGGCGGAAAUGUUUCAAACGGAAGUGUGGAGCAUAUGCGUCAACUUUCUGUUCCAAGACGGCCCCUUCCUGGCUAUCCGGCUCUACAUAAUGGUAGGCAUGAAGCUUCUCACAUACAGCAUCAUAUUCUUCACUGCGAAGAACGCGCUGCUCACCAUGCUGCUAUUCUACCGCGUCAUUGUCGUCUGCUGCGAGCGGAAACGGAAAGUCGCGAGCGUAAGUGAAAUGUCUCCUGAUGAUUCGAAGCACAGCCUUCAGAUGGUGGAGGAACCUCCUUCUCCGAAAGGCGAAGAGGUAUACGCAGGGGAGGUCGCUUAAGUUAACGUUAAACUAACAAGGACUUUUUAAAUGACUCAAGAUCAUUACUAUUGUUACCCUUUGUUGUUUGUAAGUACAUGUACGUUUAUUAGUCAGACGUUACCAUAAUUAUGUUCGCAUGAUAUCAUCGGUCUAGAUCGAUCAGAUAAUCUCCUGUCCGAUGGUUGAAGGUUGAUAUUUCAAGAAAUACCGUUCCACCGAUUUGUUGAUCAGAUCACUUUCUGUCCGAUGAUGGACGGUUGAUACUUCAAGAAAGACUGUUCCUCCGAUUUCUGUAUCCAUAAGUGUGCAACCACACAUGACUACCGGUAGUUUUUUUUUCCCAAACGAAUGUGAGAAUACGGGAAUUUUCCAGAUUGAAACAAAAAAAAACGUUAAUUGUAUUUCGAUGAAACGCCGCGCAAAUAUGUAGUAAACACCGAGUUUUUAGUAUGUAUGUGUUGUUUAAAAAAUAAAUAUAUUUUAGUGUUGCUUGAACUGGUCGUUAUGACAGACUAUAUUGAUAUACUAAUGGUAUGUGAGUAUUGUAUGAAGAGCAGGAUGAGCAUGCUCGAUCGGCACGAAAUAUUUGAGCUUCUCUGUUCCUUAGCCUCGCAUGCUACAAUUCUACUCAUUACAUAACUCACAAAAUUCAUUUUAUAAUUAUAUUAUAUCUUAUGUCCCGUUUUAAAAACAAAAAUAACAAAGCAUCGAGAUUUUACUAAAUAAUAAUGUUUAAAAAAAAAUUCUCUUUUUUGCUGAUGUUGUUGUUAACAUCCAUGUAAAUCGUUUGUUUGUAUUUACCUGCACCCUUGCUUAUUUAUAGUUAUAUUGUGUUUCGAUCUUCGUAUCUUGUAUAUGGAGGAAUAAAAGUAAAAGCAAGUGUUCGUGCAUUUCAUACUUU